UUUCUCUUUCUCUUUCUCUUUCUCUCUCUCACUGUUAGGUCAUUUGCUUGCUUCUGUUUCUUCUCUUCUUGUUCCACCUGCAACGUACUAUACUUUUGCUGCCAUGGAACCUCAACAACAACAAUACUAUCAUCAAACCCAAGCCCAGCAGGGCGGUGGGAACGAAGAGGGAGGAGGGAGUGGGAGCAAGAACAGCAACGUUAACGGCGGGGGAUACCUGUGCAGGCAAAGCAGUACGAGGUGGACGCCGACAACGGAGCAGAUAAGAAUCUUGAAGGAGCUUUACUACAAUAAUGGAGUGAGGUCCCCGACGGCGGACCAGAUUCAGAGGAUCUCCGCCAAGCUGAGGCAGUACGGGAAGAUAGAGGGGAAGAACGUCUUUUACUGGUUCCAGAACCACAAGGCCCGGGAGCGCCAGAAGAAGCGCCUCACCGUCUCCGCCACCGCCCCUGACGCCGCCGCCGCCGCCGCCACCUUCUCCAUGCAAAUGCAGAGAGGCGUUUGGAGAUCUGAUCAGUGCUCCACCUUCAAUCCAGCGUCUUCUUCACCUGGAAUGGUGGCUGUUGGUCAGAUAGGAAACUAUGGCGGCUAUGGAAACACUGUGGCUAUGGAGAGGAGCUUCAGGGACUGCUCAAUAUCAGCAGGAAGCAAUGGGAAUGGGUGUGUAAUGGCGGCGUCUCCAAACUAUGGUUGGGUUGGGGUAGAUAAUCAUCAUCAUCAUCCCUACUCUUCAUCAACCCCAUACUACCCUUUUCUGGAAAAGAUCAAGUCCACUUAUGAUGAUCAUGAAACCCUAGAAGAGGAUCAGCAAGACGAAGAUGAUCAGAAGGAGCCAGAAACCCUUCCUCUCUUCCCAGUACACACAGAUCACCACCACCACCACCACAACUACAGCGGCAAGCCGCCGCAGGAGUCGUUCAACGGCGGCGGAUACUACACCAACACUGACCAGUGGUACCACUACGACGACAAUGGGUCUGCAUCUAGGGCUUCCCUUGAGCUCUCCCUCAACUCCUACAACAUGGCCACUUCUUCUCUCCAUUUCCCCUAGCUACCUAGCUCAUGAAACAUCUUAGUACUAAAUAUGGGUUAAGUUCUAUGUUUUCUUGAAUUAUUGUAAUUAUUAAGUAUUCACUGAGUUCACUGUCCGGCCUGUUCACAAAAGACAAAAUUCCUGGCCCCGAGGGUUAGACUACUCACUCAAUAUGAAUUAUCAGCUCUGUAAUGCUAUUUACUACUCCAGCUAAUAGUGAGUGAUCUAAAAAUCAUCAUUACAAAUUUGGUACACAC